CUCGAAUCUCAAAGAUCAGGGCAAUAACCCCAUUUGGCCCUUUGCGUCCUGCUUCUCUUCUCCUCGUCUCGCAUCGCCGGCGGCGGAGAUUGCGAUUCAUGACGGAUUUUGAGGGUUUCUUGCUCUGGAAUUCGUGAAGUUUGAAGCUUUUUUGGGUGGGAUCGAUGGAGGCGGCGUCGGAUUCGGGGCGGGAGUUUCCGGAACCUGAUGAACCUUUCGAGGGUGAGCCAUGGAGGAGAAAUGGCUCCUCUCGCAAAGGGGAAAUGAUGAUGAGAAUGGAUGGAGUGGGGAGGGAUCAGAAGUCGGGAGAACCGACGACGCCGAGGUCGAAGCAUUCGGCAACGGAGCAGCGCCGGAGGAGCAAAAUCAAUGAGAGAUUCCAGAUUCUUAGAGAUCUCAUACCCCAUAGUGAUCAGAAGAGAGACAAAGCAUCAUUCCUUUUGGAGGUCAUUGAGUACAUUCACUAUCUACAAGAGAAGGCUCAGAAGUACGAGUCAAUUCAACCAGGAUGGAUUCAGGAAAAUGAGAAAUUGGUUCCCUGGGUAACACUUAAUACUAACAACCAGGGCCCUGUAGAUGGUAUUCCUGAUGCCUCCCAAAUCAUGAAAAAUGGCCCUUCUCCUGGAUUUAUGUUUGGAAAAUUUGAUGAGCGUAACAUGCCGCUUGCCCCAUCAAUACUUUCUAACGCACAUAAUCCAACUGAAUCUGAUAUGCGUGCUGGUGUUCAGUCAAAUCUCUAUGCAACUGUAGGUGGAGAAACUAAUCAUACACAACAGCAGCAACAAAGACUUGUUUCAAAUUCAGAUAAUCUGGCAUCUCACUCUCAAUCUCCGUGGUUAAGGUCAUAUAAUGUUGCUGAUUGUACUCUCAGCAGUGAUAUUUUGAAUGAACAAGAAGGGCUGGCAAUUGAUGAGGGCACUAUAAGUGUCUCUAGCGUCUACUCUCAUGGGUUACUGGGUGCACUGUCUCAGGCAUUGCAGAGUUCUGGUUUAGAUCUGUCUCAAGCAAAUGUCUCCGUACAGAUCAAUCUAGGAAAGAGAGCUGCAAGAAGACGGACCACAAAUCACAUGACCAAUCUUAGGUUAUUGUAUGUUGCAGGACCAGAAUGAUCCUUCUGGGAAUCAAGCAAUGGAGCACUCGAGAGUGGGGAGCAGUGACGAGGAAUCCGAAAAAGCUUUGAAGAAACAUCGUUCUGAUAGCUGCUAGUGCUACCAUCACCAUCACCAUCACCAUUUGUUGCUGAGGGGUUUCAUCUAUCUAAGUUAAAUUCCUAGUUCUUCCAACGCUUCACCUCACAGCUGUAAGAUCAAUGUACAUGCUGCUUUGCUCUUUUAGAUUUUUAACUUGUUUUCGGUGAGGUCUGGUUGUUUGUCUAUUCAUGGAAAAUUUAGCUGUUUUAUUACACCUUCCAGGCUUGUACUGUCGAGAGAAGUUGCGUUUCUGUUUUUCAGAACAAAGUUGUAAAUUGUUAUGAAUUUGCUCACCAACUAGUAUUUAUUGUCUGAAUUUACGAGUAUUCACUCUUUAUCUUUCUAAAGUUACGGUUUGUUUGUUU